GGCAACUGUUUCAACAGCUAAUUAACGAACCCGAGAUUAAGAAUAUUUACAUUAUACAUUUGCGCGUGUAUGUACAUUCAGCUGAAAAGUCAUGAGAAAUGCCAUAAAAGACGAAUAUUCGUAUGUAGUAUCGAAAAAGGGGGGUAUACGCUUGGUCUGUUAUAUAUAUAAAAUAUAAAUUAAGAAUCGUAAGAGUGCUGGGGAAGAUAGAAAGAGAGAGAGAGUGUAAGUAAGAGUGUAUGCCUUGGUAACAUCAAAGUUAAAUGAGUAAAGGAGUAGGAGAAGGGUACGAGGUUUGAGGGUCAGCAAUUUUUGUCCUGAGAAGUCAGAAGUUGGAAGCCCAGUGUUAGGGUAAGACGUACGAAGAUAUUGUAGUCAGUUUUUGUAUUGGCUAUUGCUUGUACGGAUAAAACUAAACUUAAUUUCAAAUAAAUCAUCCUUUCUUGCCCUUGCUCUAGACCAUAUUUUGAUACUACACGUAUUACUUGUGUAUAACAUCAAAAUGGGCACGAUAAAGUUAUCAGUGAUAUUUUUCCUCCUAGAAUUUACGAAUCUCUCGUUACAGCAUGAACAAAUUCCAAAAGCCAGAACAAUUUUAGGAAGCGUCAGUGGUUACUAUAAAGAGUCUCGAUCUGAGAAAACGUACGAGGCUUACGAAGGUAUCCCCUAUGCAGAAAUUCCUGUUGGAGAACUUCGGUUCGCACCACCCAAACCAGUGCAGAAAUGGGAAUACGAAUUACCUGCAAAGAAAAAGGGUUCCAUUUGUAUACAGUAUCGUAUUAGGUCUGGUGCAGACGGAGAUACAGUUUCAGGCUGUGAAGAUUGCUUGUACAUGAACAUUUAUGUAUCAGUUAGAAACAAUACUAAGACUUUAUUACCAGUAAUGUUUUGGAUUCAUGGAGGAGCCUACCAAUUUGGCACUGGAAAUGAUCUAGACGAGAGUCAUUUAAUGGAUAAGAGUAUUGUAUUGGUUACGUUUAAUUAUCGUGUAGGGCCUUUCGGUUUUCUUAGUACGGGAGACAAUGUAGUACCUGGAAAUAUGGGAUUAAAGGAUCAAAGCAUGGCACUGCGCUGGGUAUCCGACAAUAUUGAGAACUUUGGAGGUAAUCCGAAAGAUGUAACUUUAAUCGGUUUCAGUUCGGGAGGCAUGAGCGUUCAUUAUCACUAUCUGUCACCUUUGAGUGCUGGUCUAUUCCAAAGAGGUAUAUCUAUAAGUGGUACAGCACUUAAUCCUAGGGCACAAACAAAACGAGCUUCAGAGAAAGCUAAAAAAUUGGCAGCGGCAGUGGGAUGUCCAACUGAUAGUAGCAGUAAAAUGAUUGAUUGUUUAAAAAAGCGUCCACCACGACUCAUAUCACAAAACGUCGACAAGCUUCUGGUUUGGUUAAACAAUCCUGCUAGUCCCUUCGGACCGGUUGUGGAGAAGCAAGGAUCGAGUCCUUUCAUUAGUCGUUCUCCAAUGGAAAUUAUCACUUUAGGUGAGGUUCAAGAUGUUCCCUGGAUUACUGGAGUCGUUGGCGAAGAUGGAAUAUUUCAAGCUGCAGAUUUUAUUGAAAACGAUGAAUUAUUGAAAUAUCUAAACGAUAAUUGGGACGAUAUCGCGCCAUACCUGCUUAAUUAUAACGAUACUAUUCCGCUUUGGGAGCAUAAAGAAGUGGCGGAAAAAAUCAGAAAGUAUUAUUUGGGAUCGAAAAAAAUUGACCGUAAUACAGUGACACCACUGAUACAAAUGCUCAGUGAUCGAUCAUAUGGUGUUGGCAUGGCGACAGCUGUUAAGUUACAUGCGAAAGUUAACAAAAAUCCAGUGUGGAGUUAUUACUAUACAUACAAAAUUAAAGAAGACCUUAGCUUCACGAAUAAAUUCGGGGUAGCCCAUGGAGACGAUAUUUAUCUUGUGAUUAAUAAAGGCGCUUCGAAUAUUAAAAAUUCAGAGGACCUAGCAAUGCAGCAACUUUUAAUUGAUUUUUACACUUCUUUUGCUAUUGAAGGAAAAUCACGUGUCGGUGAUGCUAAAUGGCAGUCAUUAAAAUCUGGUGAGGAUAAUCUUCAUUAUUUACACAUAGCUGAUGCAAAAAAUGUGAAAAUGGAAUCUAAUGGAAAUUUUGCGCAAAAGAACUUUUGGGAUACGAUAAAUUCUCACGAAAAUUAAUGGUUGCCUCAAUGAUUUUAGCGAAAGAAGAAAUAAAGUAAAUAUAUUCCGUGCCUUUCGGCUUUGGACAAACUUUCGAUUUACAUUGUAUUGCACUCCUUAGCCUAUUCUUAUCUCUAGUCGCUAUAACUAAUGACUUGAUAACGGGAUGGAAUUUUUACGAAACGUUAGAAGCAAUUUACCAAAUGUCCAGCUGGACAAAUUGUAAAGUACAAAUUAAAUAAUAAAAGAAAAAAGGAAAAGAGGAGAAAAAACGUUAGA